AUGAGUGCAAGCAAAAGAAGAUUAGUUAAAGAACUUAGCCAAUUAGUUACUGAACCACCAGCAGGUGUUCGUCUACUCCAAGAAGAAAAUUGUGAUUCUCUUAGUUGUUUGUCUCUUGCAUUGGAAGGAUCGAGGCAUUUUUUAAAUUUUAUUAAAAAUGUUAGAAAAAUUUCCUUAAGAAACACACUUUAUGAGGGCGAAGUUUUUCAACUUCAAUUUAAAUUUGAUGAUCAAUAUCCAUUUUCUUCUCCUGAGGUUACUUUUAUUGGUGAAAAUAUUCCUGUACAUCCACACGUUUAUUCAAAUGGACAUAUUUGUUUGAGUAUUUUAAGCGAUGAUUGGACACCGGCUCUAAGUAUUUCUUCUGUUUGUCUUUCAAUUCAAUCAAUGCUUUCUUCUUGUAAAGAAAAGGCGCUUCCACCAGAUAAUACUUUUUAUGUGAGGACAUGCAAUAAAAGUCCAAAUAAAACUCGUUGGUGGUUUCAUGAUGAUAAAAUUUGAAAGAGGAUAUGAAAGAUGGUUGUUUUAUUAUUUUUGAGAGGCUAGUGAC